AUGGCCUCCUUACAAGGCAAUGAAACAUUGAGUGAACUGAAGAAAGCAAGAGCUGUUGUUAAAGGUCAGUUGACUAGAGCUGAGAGAAUGCUGGAAGAAUUGUCUGGUAUUAAAGUUGAUAGUAUCAGAACAAGACUCUCAGUGAUACAUGCAUAUUGGGAACGGUUCGAGCUUAUCCAGCACAACAUUGAAGUAAAAACAGAUGAAGAACAACUUGACACUGAAAUCACAUACAGGACCGACAUGGAGGAUAUGUAUUUCAAAAUAGUUGAUGUAUUACAACUCCGAUUAAGUGAAUUGGAAAGAGUCAACGAAACAGAAGAACUACAGCAGAUCAGACCAUACAAUCAGGAAUUUACAGGCAAACUUUACAUCGUGGAUGACAACCUUGACGCAAUAUUUGGUCGCGAUUGGUUGCGAGAAGUACAGUUAGACUGGGCUGAACUAAAGGCAGUACAACAAUAUCCAAAAGUAGGUGGUCUCGACAACCUUUUAGAGAAGUUCAAGGAUGUGUUUGAGCCAGGUAUCGGUAAGAUUCCAGAUCAACUUGGACACUUACAACUUGUCGAUGGGGCUCGUCCAGUAUUUAUGAAGGCUAGGCCAGUGCCGUACGCAUUAAAACUGAAAGUCGAACAAGAACUUGACCGCUUGGAAGAGGCAGGAAUAAUUUCGAAAACUCAAGAAUCUGAGUGGGGAACACCAAUCGUUCCAGUAGUCAAGCCUAACGGAGAUGUGAGAAUAUGUGCGGACUACAAAGUGACAGUAAACAAGCAGAUCCAAGAUGAACAUCACCCUAUUCCCAAAAUUGAAGACAUAUUUGUCAACAUGAAUGGUGGAAAAUUAUUUUGUACACUAGAUUUAAGAAACGCUUACCUUCAUUUGGAAAUGGACAGUGAUAGUGCAAAUAUUCAAACCUUAAGCACGCAUAAGGGACAGUACAGGGUACAUAGAUUAAUGUUUGGUAUUAAAGUUGCUCCUGGCAUUUGGCAGAAAACAAUGGACAAGACAUUGGCAGGCCUAGAGGGAAUACAGUGCUUCUUUGACGAUAUAGUCAUUCAGGGAAAUUCAGAAGAGGAACUACUUCUACGUUUGGAAAGUGUCUUAGGAAAACUAAGAGAAAAAGGUUUAAGACUCAAUCGUGACAAAUGCAAGUUUCUCCAGAGAAGAAUACAUUAUUUGGGCCACGUCAUUGAUGAAAAGGGUAUACAUAAAUGUAUGGACAAAGUGGCUGCCAUAGCAAAGGCAAGAAAACCUGAGAAUGUGUAA